AUGUUGACGUUGCAACAGGUUACCGACUACAUGCAAGAUGUUGUAAAGUCAUUGGCUCCAGGUUAUUUGCCAAAAUGGCUACUUUUCAUCUCAAUCGUUUCCAUCUUUAACUCUGUCCAAACAUAUGUCAACCUUGAAUUAACGCGUAGAGUGUAUGAAAACAAGCCUGAGGAAACCACCGCAUUGAGUGCUCGUACGUUUGGUACAUGGACUCUUGUGUCGUGUAUCAUUAGAUUAUAUGGUGCUUUGUACAUAACAGAAAACCAUGUUUACCAAUUGACCUUUAUUUCGUACAUCAUCGCAUUAUUCCACUUUGGUACGGAAUUGGUGGUUUUCCGUACCUGCAAAAUAGGCAAGGGAUUCUUGGGCCCACUAGUUGUUUCAACCACUUCCUUGGUUUGGAUGUACAACCAAAAGGAAUUCUACACCGGUAUUCCAUUCCCAUUCUAA